AUGUCGUCGUCGAGCAGCGGCAGGGGGCUCGAGGCACAAUGCAGCGACAUCUCCCUCGACCAGGUCCUGUCCGAGUGCGGCCUGGGUUUUUUUCACAAGCGCUUGCUGGUGACCUGCGGCUUCGGCUUCUCCGCUGCGGCCGUGGAGGUCGUCCUGACGGCGUUCCUGUUCACGGAGCUGGAGGGCCACGGCAUAUACGCCAAGGAGUUCUACGACAUUUCUGUGGUCAUGUGGAGACUUACGGGCCAACAUAUGGCAUUCAUCACCGCAUACCUCACAGCCUCGAUCGGGCUUGCAGAUGAUAACAUCCGCAAGAUGGAGCACCUCCUGCAGAUCACGCGCAGCCUGGGUAAUAUUCAUUGGAUGACUUACUGCGACCUCAACAAUACGCCACAGGAAUUCGUGGCGACGCCAUGGUUAAGCUCCUCGGCGGCAUGA